CAGUCCGCAGACACAACUGACAGACAUGUUCACCAAAUGGAUGAUAAUUCUAACAGUCCUCGGCAUAGGCAUAGGACUUAGCAGGGUCAAUUGCUGUAUCUUGAACAAAUCAGACUGUAAAGGAUUUGACGAGGUCUGUGAGUUCCACUGCUGUGGACCAGAAAACGUUUGUGUGACAGUCCGGAUGGACGGCAACAAGGCCAUUAAGAAGUGCACCAAAAAAGG